AUGGACAAGCUACCGAUUGAACUCCUCACCCUCAUUGCCAUCUUCGCCUGCACCGACGGCGGACCCACCGGCUGCGCCCUCUCCCUCGUCUCCAAGCGCAUCCGCGAUGUCACUCGCCCCGCCCGCUUCUUCACCGUUUGCGUCUUCAGCGACCCCGCCAAAAUCGACCAGUUCCUGCGCUGCUAUGAAGCGGAGCGCGCCCGCGCGACCGACGCCCUCCCCCGCGUCCGCCACCUCUGCCUUUCCCUCAUGCGCACCGGAAACCAGGCUGGCCCUGGCGCGGGUCCGACGCGCAUGCCUCUGGCCCCCACCUCGACGCAGCCGCCGACGACCCGCGAAGAGUUCCUCGCCGCAAUGCAGCGCAAGACCCAGCAGUGGCGGUCCGCCCAGGACAGCCUCGACGAGCAGUACAACCGCGUCGUCCCCGCCCUCAUCCGCGCCGUCGCCCCGGACGUGCGCACCUUCGCGCUCGUCCAGGCCCAGUGGCGCUCCGCGACCGUCGUCCGCUGCCCGUUCCCUCCUUGCGGGAGUUCACGGUCGUCGGCGGCGACCCGAGCUUUCUCCCCUUCGCCUUCGCGCCUGCGGGCGGCUCCUCUACCCCGCUCUGCGCAGGCUCCAUCACAUUCUCGCGUUCGUGGGAGGGAUGUGGACUUCACGCAGUGGGCGGCACACGCACCGAAUGUGACGCACUUGCGGGUGUCGCGGCUGGGGGCCCUUCCGCGCAUCACCGUCGACUCCCUGAACACGGUUAUGAAAGACCAAGACGAGUGCCCAUACUUCCCUAAGCUCGAACACGCCAUGAUCGAGCCUCACCAAGCACCUCCAGCCCCCGGCACCAAGCUGGAGCAGUCGCCACGGCGCACCUCGUGUUCCGGGACUUCCUCGCAUACCUCGACCGCAUGGCAGAUCGGGCGCGAAUCCGCCUCGAGGUCAUGCCUCCCCUUGCAGAUCCACCUAAGCCACCUCCGGGAAUGGAUCCUCAUCACAUGUGCAUCUUGA